CAUACAUACACACUGAAACGAUCCUUAAUUGCUCUAUAUUGUUCACUCUCUCUAUACAAAUAAAUUGAAGAAAUCAUACAAAAUCAGAAGCAAUCUCGGAUUGGGACGAGGAAUUGCAAACCAAAGAUUACAUCGGUAUCAAAUUUUUAACGAGAAAUUGCAACCAAAAGACACUGGCUGACCAGCUUCCGGUGGUUCGAUUUGUGGUGAGCUAUUUCAAUUUGAAAGCCAUGCUAAGUUUUCCCCAGCUACUUGAAUUAAGGAUAACUGCAAGACAAGUGGCACUCAAUUUCCAUGCCUUCAGAUUGGCCCGGAGGACAUUAUGCAGUGAUGCAGGUGUCAAGUUACCUGGAGCAGAUAGUGCUCAAGAGGUCGCAGACAAGCAUGGACACCACAGUAAUAUUCCGAUACAUGAUGUUGCUAUUGUUGGAGGUGGCAUGGUUGGCAUGGCUCUGGCGUGCUCUUUGGCACGCAUGCCCUUGACAAACCAACUAAAUGUUGCCAUCAUUGAUAGCAAUCCAGCAUUACUGAAUGGUGAUUGCAUCCAGAAAGAGGAUCCCCCAGAUCCAAGAGUUAGUACUGUCACGCCAGCUACAAUAGAUCUUUUUAAAGAUGUAGGUGCCUGGAGGUAUGUUGAACAGCAUCGGCAUGCCUACUUUGAUAAGAUGCAGGUUUGGGAUUACACUGGUUUUGGAUAUACAAGGUACAAUGCCAGAGACAUUAACAAAGAAAUACUAGGGUGCGUUGUGGAGAAUAAAGUGCUUCAUAGAUCUUUAUUAUCAUGCUUACAGAACACAUCUUUCCAGCAGAAAAUAUAUCCUUCCAGAUUAAGCUCAAUGACCAUACAUUCAAGAUCCGCAUCAAGUCCUCAUGGAUCUUUAGCUAAAUUGGAACUGAGUGAUGGGAAUAGCUUGUACGCCAAAUUAGUGGUUGGAGCUGAUGGGUCCAAAUCACGAGUUAAGGAGUUAGCGGGAAUAAAUUCAACUGGAUGGAAAUAUUCUCAGAAUGCAAUUAUAUGUACUGUAGAGCAUAUGGAGGAAAACCAUUGUGCUUGGCAAUGUUUUCUCCCUAAUGGCCCUAUUGCACUUCUGCCAAUUGGGGACAAUUUCAGCAAUAUCGUCUGGACAAUGACCCCUGAAGAGUCAUUGAACCGCAAAUCCAUGUCAGAAGUUGAUUUUGUGAGAGAAAUAGAUCGUGCUCUUGACAAUGGCUAUGGCCCACAUCCAAAUUCUCAACUGUUUGGUGGCAGAGCUGCAUUCUCUUGGCUCACUGGAGAUACAACAGUAUCCACCAAUGAGUGUUUUGAAGUUCCUCCCAGAGUGACUAAAGUAGCCUCCGAAAGAAUGGUGUUUCCACUGUCUCUGAAUCAUGCUACUAGCUAUGCAUUAAAACGUGUUGUUCUUAUCGGUGAUGCUGCACACACUGUUCAUCCUUUGGCUGGUCAAGGAGUUAAUAUGGGAUUUGGAGAUGCAUUCUCUCUUGCAAAGGUUAUUGCUGAAGGCAUUGCAGUUGGAUCUGAUAUUGGGGAGGUGUCAUUGCUAAGAGGAUAUGAAUCAGACAGGAGACCUGCAAACUUGACAAUGAUGGCAAUUCUGGAUGGCUUUCAGAAGGCAUAUUCCGUUGAUUUCAGACCACUCAAUGUACUGCGUGCUGCUGCAUUCCAAGGGGCUCAUUAUAUUGCACCAUUGAAAAGGCAAAUAAUUUCGUAUGCCUCUGGUGAGCAGAGAUUUCCGCUUUUCUCAUGACUUGUAACAGUUAAUUUUCAGAACCAUGCUAGUUCUUUUUGUGAAUGAUGAAUUCUAUAACAUGAAGUUUUAAUGGAAGCCACUUUUUCUUUUAUGA